AUGUCUGGCCCUGUUCCGUCGAGUCUCGUGCUGCUAAGCGACCUGAGGAAAUGCGCGCCAGGCACAAAAGUUCGCUUUCUCGGCUGCAUCGAUGAAUACGUCGUCACGACUGGGACUUUGCGCUUAAAACACAACUAUCCGCCUGCUAGUCAGCCGACUGUCGCCAAUGUCGAUAUUGAGCAUGUGCUCGAGCGGAUAAAACCUCACGAGAUGGACGUUGGCACCUGGAUCAACAUCAUCGGCUACGUCGAGCGACCAAAGGAAAAGAAGGGUGUUUUCGUGCAAGCUAUUGCCGUUUGGGAUGCUGGAAACGUUGACUUGGAAUUGUAUCAGAAGGCUGUUGAUAAAAGGCAUGAGGUUGGUUGACGUUGGCUUGGGUAACGUGAUCUAGAUCAACGAUACCCGUGACUUUGCGAGUGCUGCAAGUUGUUCGCCGGAAGAGCACAAAUUAUGAUACUUCUGGACAUCCGGCUGGCGAUGCCUCUCGCAUCGGAAACUGCUGUCGCGCGACUCCAAGCUGACGCGUCUCGAAAGAACACACUGACGAUCUCAGGACAACAGGGUCGAACGUCUCUUCAGUCCUGCAUCUCCUUCCCAACAUAUCAGUAUACUGUACAUUCUCAUGUAUCUCCGUCAUAGCUUUCAUUGAGGUGUGAAUGUUGUUCUGCAGAUAAAGUCAAUCAUCCAAGCUAGUUUAAGACGAGGUCAAUAGGUUGCUGCUGCAAUUUUGAAGCGCCUCAAGAUGGACUUCGAGGCCAAUACUACAGUGU